CGAUAACUUCAAUUCCUUACCAACGACUUUAUUAAAUGAUUUUGGACCGAGAUGCCAAAUGGUUCGUAAGUGUCUUGAAAAGAUUGAAUCACAUCCUAUCAGCCAAAGAAGUCCUGCAGCGAGCGACUGUCCACAGUAACGGAGCGUCGUUGUGAUAAUCACGAAGUGAAGUGCUGGCUGUGAAAUUGUUCAAGCAAUCAUUGUAGUCAUAAUUCAUCGGCUUGCUAGUAUAGUGAGGCCUCGCGACAGCUUUACGGCCGCUUAUUACCCACACAAAACGGCCUGAUGAGCUCAUAUUUUGUCAAUUCGCUCUCUACAUGUUAUGGACAGACCCCGACAUUGGAGAAUUGUUCGGAAGGGGGAUACGAGCGAAAUGGAAAUUAUGGAACAGGCGGUGGUGUGUACGCGGGCUAUGCCAGUGGUCGGUACCCGUAUUCGGCCCGGGGAGACAGGUUAAGCGAGCAGAAUGGAGAUUAUUACGGCACACCUAGGCUUACACAUCUACCUAACAGCAGUCCAUGUUCCUCACCCCCCUCGUUACAGAGUGUCGGGGAAAGGAACCAAGUUGAGAUGAGAUCAAAUACCACAUCUAAUAAUAACAACAGUUAUUUCAGUAGCGGACAUUACAAUGAUUCUAUAGAUGAAAAUAGGCCCAACUCAGCACAUUCGAAUAGUCCCCCAAGUCACACCCCGACCCCUGUGGAUCACAGAAACAUACAGGAAGCACAGUGUCCGAGUCCAAGGGCUGGCGACUCGAAUCCACCACACAUAUAUCCGUGGAUGAGAAGAAUGCAGUAUAGCUCAGAUGGUAACGAUGGUGACUCCAAACGAUCAAGAACCUCAUAUACACGUCAUCAAACCCUUGAACUCGAGAAGGAAUUCCACUAUAACAAAUACCUCACCAGACGGCGGCGUAUAGAGAUUGCGCAUGCGCUGAACUUAACGGAACGUCAAAUUAAAAUAUGGUUCCAGAAUCGUCGUAUGAAAUGGAAAAAAGAUCAUAAACUUUCACAUAUAGCUAAAAACAUGAACCUGGCGAAUGCGCUUGAAAAAGCUGCUGAAGAACAUAAAUUAUCGUUACAGUGAACUUAACAUAAAAAAAAUUAAAGAUUUUAAAAUUUAGUCAAGUUACCACAAUUUGUGACCUUUCGUUACUGUGAACUAGGCCCACGUGCAAUGGCGGUUUGUGCUCUACGUCAUGGCUGUGUGUGUAUACAAUUCCAUGUAUUAGGACACGGGAGAUUAUUUGGUGAAUUAAACUAGCAAGGGUGCGUUGUUGAGGCAGAAACGAUUAAUAAAAGGGUAAAACUGUGUACGGUACUUAAAGACAUUAUUAUAUGAAACACCCAUAUGGAGCAUAUAUUGUUGAUAUUAUUUUUUCCUUCUAUAAAAAUUUACGUUAAUUUAAUUUGAUUUUCAAACGUAUACGAAAAUUCAAAUUUACCCCGAGAAUGGCUAACAGAAAUCGUUAAUAGAUUUCUAACAAAUACGCAAAUCCGGAUUUGUGCAUAUCCCAUGAGAGAAUACUAAUUUUAGGUGCGCAAAUCCGAUUUCAAAAUCCGAUUAUUGUUAUAUAGGAUUUGAAUUAAUGUGUAUUCAUAAUUCCGGAAUCCGGAAUUGUGUAUAGAGUUUAAAUAUAGUUCCCCUGAGAUAUUUAUGACAUUUUUCAUAUUAUGAGCCAAAGACAUUCUUCGCUUCCAAGGUGGUGCCGUUAAUUCAGGAAGUUUCAAUUUAAUUUGUGUUAGUCAUUUAUCAUGUAAGAUUUAAUUAAUUAUUCGAUAUGUAAAUAGUCAUUUUGUUUUUAUGUAUUUAUGCCACAAUUCAAUGUGACUGCCUGUAUAUUUCUUUAUUCCUUUCAAGAUUUAUAAACAUAUCAUGGAGGUGUUUUUCCAUUUGUUUGCAAUAUCAGCAUUUUUUUAUUUUAUUUCUCACAUCUUAUCAAAUAUUCUAAUUUUCAAAGCUAAGAUAAUCGAAUUGGAAUAACAUCUUGGAAUAUACAUGUUAGGAAUGGUAUGCUUACAACUGCGAUUACGUUAUAUGUAGACCAGAUUUUGUGCUCAUUUCAUAUAAUUUUUUCGAAAUAAAUGGCAUUUACGAUUAGUGUAAGUUUACAAAUGAAAGCCUUACACAUGUUCAGGUCGAUUUUGAAGAGAUUCUAAACAUUAACACCAAACAAAGAGUUUAUAAUUUAGAAUUGUAGCUGGACAUUUACACAAUGAUAAUGUAAGAUAUUAGUAAACUUUUAUUAAAUUAAGAAAUUAUUAAGUUUUAUCCUUGGAUAUUAGUAAGAUUGUCUCUUGAAAUAAAAUUUAAGACAAAUGGCUAUUUAUAUUAAAUUUAUUUGUUUUGUCUUUAACCAAAAUACAAUUUUAGUAUUAUCUUCCUUUUUACAGUAUUACACAGUAGAUAUGAAUGGCAGAAUUGACUAUAAUUUUGUUUUCUUAUCAGAAUGAAUUAUCAUUAUAAUUUAAUGUCCAUAGGAAUGAAUACUUAAUUUAUGACAUAGAUAAUUAAAUUAGGAAUAAGUUGAUUGAAUAUUUAAUUGUUAAUAUAGAUAUUAUUAUUAUUAUAUUAUUAUGAAAUUCCCAUAAAACGAGAGAAAUUAUACUUAUAUCAGGGUAAACUGAGUCAAACGUUUUUAUGUCUGUGUGUGUCAUAGUUGUCAGUAGCUAUAGUCAAUGUCUUUUUUGCAGCACAUAAUUGUCUUACGAUGUUUCAAGAUAAAAAGUCUACGAAAAUAAGAGGAAUAAAAAAAUCUAUUAAUUUUAAUCAAAUAAUUGUGUU